UGGAAUGAUUCGUAAGGUUCAGUCUGUAUUAGCCCAAACCGUACCAUAUGAUGCAUUUGGUAAUACACUGGACCGGACUACCCGACUUUAUAAAUAAAUAUAUACCUAAAGUUAGAACGUAGUUAAAAUGUAAAUGUCAGUAUUACAAGUCGUAUAAAUUAGUCUUCAUGCGAAUGGUAGCGUACUCUAGUGAUAAAUUCUGAACUAUCAAACUGCCGCGAUUUUUUGCGUCAAUAUCGUACCAUUGAAAGAUACGAGAGCGGUGCCACCUUAUCUUCUCUACAUCGUGGAUUUUUAUUUUUUCGGAACACUUAGUUCAAAAAACUAUCAUUAUAAGAGUAUCACCCGAUAAAUUAAUAAAUAAAUAUAUUUUACUUUUUUCCUCUUACGUUUCGACAUGAGUUGGCCGUGAACAAUUAUAAUGGCAACUGUAGAAGUGUCACAAAUGGCUCCAGAUAAGGAGUUGGAAGAAAUCAUAAAACUUACUUGGGGUCGGCAGGUACGACAAGACAUAUUUCAACGAUGGACACAAGGGUUUUGUUUCAGCGAAGAUGAACCUACUGCCUUGGUUCAAUUUGAGGGUGGUCCUUGUGCAGUAUUAGCACCUAUGCAAGCUUACAUUAUUAAAAACAUUGUUAGCAACAAGUCUGUUGAUGAUGAUUGGAAAAAAGUCGAAGCUGACGAACAAAACCGUCUUUUAUGCAAAGCUGCCUGUGAUAUCCUAUGUCAAGCUACAGAUGGAUGUGAUAUAUUAAAAUUUGUACAAAUUGAUGAUAAAGGUGUACUUGAACAUAGCCAGUUUCAUUCUAUGCUUAAAGUAGAACAAGUUAAUAAGGAUAGUAUAGAAACUUUUUUUAACAACCAUAUUAGUUUUAUGCGUGAUACAUUUGGUGUUUUAUUAUUUUUAUAUACUGUCAUGCACUCUAAGGGUUUAGUUAAAUUAAAAGAAGAAAUUUGUGAUUUAGAUGAACCAUUGAUUGAUAAAGAAUUUGGUUAUGGUAGUCAAUGUUUAAUUAAUAUGAUGAUCACUGGACAAGCAGUUUCAAAUGUAUUUAAUAAUGAUCAAGUAGUAGCUGGGCUUAAAUUACAAGGUAUUGACAAACAAAGCGAAGUUGGGUUUUUAACUUUAUUAGAACAUUUAAGGUACUGCCAAGUUGGAACUUAUUUGAAAAAUCCUUGUAACCCUAUUUGGGUAUUAGGUAGCGAUACACAUCUCACAGUUCUGUUUUCUUUUGAUCAAAAUUUGGUUAGUAAAGAAACUCAAGCUGAUAUUGCUAGGCGAACAUUUAAAUUAUUCGAUCAAGAUGGAAACAAUUUUAUUAGUACUCAAAAUCUAAAACCACUGUUGGAAAAACUAGAUCUUGUAUCUGAUGAUGAAUACGUGAAUCUGAUGUCCACAAAAUUGGAUUCUGAAGGAUUGGGCAUUAUAUUGAUGCCAUCAUUUAUGGAUGAGUUUUUUUCUGAACAAGAAACCAGAACUCCAGAUGUAUUCAUGUUAUUUCAUUACAAUGGACAACCAAGGUCUAAUCCUAAUUCAAAAGUUACCUAUAUUGAAGGUAAUGCUAUUAUCCAAGAAUCUGAUGUAAUAUGUAUAGUCGAAGACAAUAACUUGCAAUCUUGUUUACAAUCCAAGUGGCCAUACAUUGAAGUACAAUGGAAAGGAGGAGUAACACCUUCGAUUAACUAAAGAAAUUGUAAUGGGAAAAUAUCAAACUACUAGAUAAGAAUUGUUUAUCAUUUUUAAUAAAAUACAGA